AAGACCAAUCUAGACAAGCAGUUUACAAAAUUUCUAGAGGUCUUCAAAAGACUACACAUCAACAUUCCUUUUGCUGAAGCCUUGGAACAAAUGCCCCGUUAUGUGAAGUUCAUGAAGGAGAUAUUGUCUAAGAAGCGAAAAAUGGAGGACUAUGAAACAGUGGCAUUAACUGAGGAGUGUAGCGCCAUUUUGCAAAAGAAACUACCGCCCAAGCUUAAAGAUCCGGGUAGUUUCAAUAUUCCAUGCUCUAUAGGGGGUUCAGUGGAAACUAAAGCUCUAUGUGAUCUGGGAGCAAGCAUUAAUCUAAUGCCGUUGUCUGUCUUCAAAAGGCUAGGAUUGGGAAAAGCAAAGCCCACAACAGUGACUCUACAACUAGCGGAUCGUUCUCUAACUCAUCCUCGUGGCAUAAUUGAAGAUGUACUGGUGAAGGUUGGUAAGUUUAUCUUCCCUGCUGAUUUCUUAAUUCUUGAUAUGGAGGAAGAUUCAACUAUUCCCAUUAUUUUGGGAAGACCAUUCUUGGCCACGGGUCGAGCAUUAAUAGAUGUUCAAAAGGGGGAGUUAAAGUUGCGAGUCCAAGAUGAAGAGGUCAAUUUUAAUGUUUUUGCCCCAACUGACAUUCCUACCUGUUGCAAGAUUGAGGUGGUGAAGGGUUCUUUCUUUCGUGAUAGUUAA